AUGUCACCGCCAGAGUGCUCAUCCACUGACGCUUCUUGUUGUGAUCAACUUGCUCCACCAUGCCCAACAUCUACUCUGUAUUGCACCAAAUGCCAGCACUUGAUUGAAGGCGAAUAUGUACGCGCAUUAGACGGCACUUUUCACUGGGAUUGUUUCAGUUGUCUCGAUUGCAAUGAGCCUGUUGCUUCACGAUUCUUUCCCAUUGAAGGCGACCAUGGUGUACAGCAACCGCUUUGUGAACGAGACUAUUUUCGACGACUCAACCUUGUAUGUGAAAGUUGCGGGGACGCUCUCAGGGGACCCUAUAUUACGGCAGUUGGCAAAAAGUUCCAUUUGGAGCAUUUCUGUUGCAGCGCUUGCUCUGUUGUGUUUGGUCCUGAAGAUUCAUACUAUGAACAUGACAACAAUGUCUAUUGUCACUAUCACUACUCGAUCAAAUUCGCUAUUCAAUGCUCCGGUUGUGAAACGGCCAUCCUUAAGCAAUUUGUGGAGAUCCCUCGAAACAACGUGGAUGAACACUGGCAUCCAGAGUGCUACAUGAUCCAUAAGUUUUGGAAUGUCAAGGUGGCACAAGACGGCGAACAAGCUGACCGUCAAGAUCGAGAUGUUACAAAAAUGACGAUCGAUGAGCUUCGAGACUCUCAAAUUGCCAUGGAAGACAAAGUAUAUCGUAUAUGGACCGUGCUUUCAGCAUUUGAAGAAUCGGCUGCAGCUUGCAUUUCUGACAUGUUGAUCCACGUCUCUCAAGGAAGUUAUGGUGAUGGAUUAAGGAUGGCUGAUUACUUUGUUACCCAUGUCGAGGUGUUGUUUGCUGCCAUUGACGAUCUCGUAUCACAAUACCACGCCAAAUCACUACCGGACUUUCAACACGAGCGGGAAUCACGCAUGCUAUGCAGAAAGAUUAUCAACUUUUUCACCCUGCUAUCACAAACGCAAGAGACCGGCUUAAGGCGAAUGGGCAUCACCGAAGAUCUUUUAUCAUUGGUCACUCGUUUGGCUCAUUUUCUCAAGGGAUUAAUCCGUGUUGGUUUAAAGGCUGCUUUGAAAUUGGAAGCAAAGCAGCAAGAUACAAAAUCCAUUGUCAUCAGUCGCUUCCUAAGUCAGCUGGUUGAACUCGCCAAUAAGCAACGCUACACAUCAAGUGACCUUGACUCUCCCCUUGCAACUGACCAAUGUCACGCGUGUAACACCAUUUGCGAUGAUCAAUGUUAUCGUUUGAUGCAUAUGCGUUGGCACGAUCGCUGUUUUGCAUGUUCAAAGUGCUGUGCACCUCUUCGUGACGAAUAUGAAUCGGCCUUUUGGGAUACAAAGCAAUCACUCAUUUUAUGCAAGCUGUGUACAACACCUGGACCUGAUCUCAAACAAGGCUUUGAACGCGUAUCACAAUUGCAGCAGUUUUCGUUCUUGCUUCGAUUCACACAUCGACGACUCUACAAGUUAUUGGGAUUGCAAGAUACGCCACCUGUACAAAAUCAACCACCAGCCAAUGUCGCCAAUGCAGCAGCCGUUAUGUCAGCAGCAACCAAUCCAACGCCCAAUGACGAUAACAAUCCAUCCAAAGACGACAAUACCAACAAGGAAACCAUUCACUUGGGUGAUAUCAAACGUGUGAAAUCCACCAGCACCGGUAGAAAGCUCACUGAUUCACGUCGUAUUGCCAAACGAUCCACGUUGAUGGAAACGCCUAGUCCCAACACCGCCUAUGUGGCAAAUCAGGGCGGACAAGAUGAUAGCGUUGCCUUGGAGACAGCAAGAACAGCUAUACCCACUCCCAGCCCUAGUGAUAGUGGAGAUCCAAGAACAGCAGCACAACCCAUUCCGUCGACACAAUCAUUGCAACAACAACAACAAAAUCGUCCUCCUAUGCACACCUCCAUUUCAGCCUAUGCAAAGGUGAAGCCUGUGGCCAAGUUUACAUACAUUGCCGAGCUCAGUGCCUUGAAUCAUUUCAUGGUGAAGCACAUUGCCGUGCUUUAUUUGGAAGACUUGCUCAAGGAUCAUUUUACGCUCGAAGAGCUGGUGGAUUUGAUUGAUGAAAAAAAGAAUUCGACUUUAUGGGGAAAGUUUGUCACUAGUCUCAGAGCUGGAGGCAACAAGAAAUCUAAAGAGGGAACCUUUGGCGUGCCAUUGGAUAUGCUGGUUGAAAAGAAUGGCGCCGAGUCGAACUUGGGCGCUGGGCCAAGCCGUAUCCGUAUUCCCACAUUUAUUGAUGAUAGCAUAUCAGCCAUGAAGCGGAUGGACAUGUCCGUGGAAGGCAUUUUCCGUAAAAAUGGCAACAUUCGACGAUUAAAAGAACUGAGCGAUGAGAUGGACGCCAAUCCGAAUAAUGUGCAUUUAUCCAACGAGACCCCGGUGCAGGUGGCUGCUCUUAUUAAAAAGUUUUUACGUGAGCUGCCAGAGCCAUUGUUGACCUACAAAUUGUACAAGUUGUUUACCGUGGUGAGCAAAAUCAGAUCGGAGCAAGAUCGCAAGCGGGUAUUGCAUCUGGCAUGCUGUUUAUUACCAAAACCCAAUCGAGACACGAUGGAAGUAUUGUUUCUCUUUCUUAAAUGGGUGUCGACUUUUGCCGAGACUGAGGAUGGAAAUGGAAGCAAGAUGGAUUUGAUGAACAUUGCAACGGUGCUGGCACCCAAUGUACUGUAUUCCAAGAACAAGGAUCCACUCAAAGAUGAAUUGUUUUCUGCCACCGUCAUUGAUACCAUCCAUAUGCUUUUGCAGUAUCAAGAAGAAUUUUGUGCGGUUCCUGAAGAUAUCAUUGUGCCGUUACAGAACUUAUCAUUUGACGAAGAGGACAUGGAAGCGAGUGCUCGAGACAUUUUACGAAAGUGUGAGGAAGCCAUGCAAUUAAAGAAAUCAAGGGUUGCAGGUGAACUUGGAUCAUCGUCCUCUCCCUCCAUGCCUCCACGACAAAACUCUUCACCAGCAGCCAUCAUGACUGUAGUAGCAGCAACAUCAACACCCACGGAUGAAAACACAUCAUCUAAAAGACCAGAUUUACCGGUAUCAUCACCCAUUGACAUUCGCCACCACCACAAACAAACACAAAAUGGGUCAACAACAAUGGCUUCACCUCCUCUCUCAGCUACCCCUCCCUCUUCCUCCUCCACAUCACCACCUACUUGCAACAACAACAAUGACCUGAUACCAUCCUCUGCUCCCGCUGCCACAUCUGCAAAUGCUCGAUAA